CAUUGUUUGUGACGCGCUAUGGUCUAGCCUGGGACCGAGCAAAUUAAUUAAGUCAUGCGGUCACUGUAGCAGCCGAAGGAAAGUUUAGGCUGUGGGUAUAAGUUUCCUGCACACUCUCUGAAAAGAUACUCCUGCAGCCAAGCCAUGUCGUUGCUUCCCGACUUGACGCCGAGGGGCGGCCGGCCUGCGGCUGCCAGGAGUUGGCUCCCGUUGCCGCCCCGCCGUUAGGAAUGGAGAGCGGGAUCCCGCCGACCUUCCAGCUGCUCUUCCGCGCGUGCGAGGAAGGAAACUUCGAGAACGCCCGGCGGUUGCUGGAGCCGCCCGAGGAGGAGAGGGGGGAGGCGGGUGAGGAGCCGAACCUCCGGGCUCCGCAGGUGCCGGUGGACUGCACGGAUGACGACGGCAAUUCGGCCCUGCAGUUCGCGGCCGGCAACGGCCACGAGCAGCUGGUGCGGUUCCUGCUCAUGAAGGGCGCCUCGGUGGACAGCCGCAACCGCUACGGGUGGACGCCGUUGAUGCAGGCGGCCCGCUUCGGUCACCUGAACGUGGCGCGGGUGCUGCUGGAGAACGGCGCGGACGCUGACGCGGCCAACAAGCUGGGCGCCCGCGUGCUAACGGCCGCGGCGCGCGGCGGCCACGUCGGGCUGGCGCGCGCCCUGCUCGAGAGCGGCGCCCGAGUGGACGUCGGCGCGGGGCCGCGGGGCUGGUGGGAGGGGGAGGAGCAGGAGGAGGAACGGUCGGUCAGCCGGACGACGGGGGACCUGACGGCCCUGAUGGUGGCGGCGCAGCACGGCCGCGACGCCGUGGUCCGGAUGCUUCUGGAGUGGGGCUCGGCGGCCGGCCAAGCGAGCCACACCAGCGGCUGGAGCGCUCUCAUGCUGGCGGCGCUCAAUGGCGAGCUGGGCGUGGCGCAGCAGCUGAUCGAGAGGGGGGCGGACCCCAACCAGACCAACGCGGGAGGCGUGACUGCCUUUGAAAUCGCCUGCGCUGCCAAACAGAGGGAGAUGAGGGAUUACCUGGACUCGAAGACCAGCAACAGGCCCAAGUCAGAUGAAGAGAAAAGGAGACCAGAUAUAUUUCGUGCACUAAAACUGGGAAGCUAUCAGUUGGUGAAGGAGAUUCUUGAUGAAGAUGCAAAUCAGGCCAAUGUUGUUAAUGCAGAUGGUGCUUCUCCAUUAAUGAUUGCUGCCAUGACAGGUCAGCUAGAACUUGUACAACUUCUUAGUGAGAGGAGUUCUGAUAUUGACAAGCAAGAUGGUGUACAUGGGUGGACAGCCUUAAUGCAAGCUACUUACCAUGGGAACAAGGAUGUUGUGAAGUAUUUGCUGAAUCAAGGAGCAGAUGUUAAUCUCUGUGCCAAGAAUGGAGUAACUGCAUUUGAUCUUGUAAUGCUGCUAAAUGAUCCAGAUACAGAACUUGUGCGACUUCUAGGAUCUGUCUGCAUGCAAGUAGAUAAAGAGAGAAGUAAGCCAAAAUCCAAUACAGUACCUCACUCAAAAAGUAAACUGUCCUUAAACUUCCCGGUGCCUCCAGAAGACAAGGGGGGAUUAAAGUCUUGGUGGAAUAGAAUGUCCAACAGAUUCCGUAAGUUGAAACUGACUAGGACACUUAGACAAGGCUUUUCCUCAAAUCGGCUUGCCCCUUUCUUAGAUGAACCCGAAAUUGGACUGGAUUCUACAAUGAAAGCCAUCCCAAAGAAUGGCUCAAACGAUUCAGUCUUGACAUCUGCGGGGAAUAUAGAUUUCUCUAUGGCUUGGACAUCAAAAAGCAAGAACAGUGGACAUGGCCAUUCUUGUACAGAAAAAGAUGACAUCCUUCUUACAACUAUGUUAAGAAAUGGUGCACCUUUUACUCGUCUUCCCAGUGACAAGCUGAAAGCAGUUAUUCCUCCAUUUUUGCCUCCAUCGAACUUUGAAGUAUGGAGCUCGGAUAGGAUAAGAAUGAACAAAGAUGGGAAAAUGGAGCAUACUGCGUUAUCUAUGCCUCGCAGGUUUGCAAAGCCCAACUUCAACAGCAGUGGAAAUUCUGACAUAACUUCUGUCAGUAGGAUGGGGAAAUCUGUAAAACUUCCUCCUAUUCCAAAUCUUGCCAGGAGCCCGACAUCUCCUCAGAACUCGGGACAUUUCAAUUAUUCUCCACAUUCCUCUGGUGGAUCUAAUGGAGUAGCUGGCAUCAGUCGACAUUGCAUCAGUGAAUCUCAUAACCGCUCAGGGGGAAGUUCGGAUAGUGUCUUGUCCCAAAUUGCUGCCCAAAGACGGAAAGCAGCAGGUUUGCCUGAAUUGAAAACGACCAGGUCUGAGAUUUUGCCUCAGCUAAUAUUUGUCGAAACCAGCCUUCCUGAACUGCCAGCCUCGCCGACUGUGGAUAACUGCAUUGUACAGAAAUGUAGCCAACAACGUCCAUCUUCUGGUACUUCAUCUAAUUCCAAGAGCACCUCUCCUACUCUGACUCCUUCACCAUCUCCCACACCUAAAAGUCCUCAAGGAGAAUCUUCACUGUCCUCAUCUUCACAUCAACAAUCUAAGAGCAGUGGCGGAUCCAGUAGUGGAACCCUCACAGAUGAAGAUGAAUUAUCCAGUAUUUUAAAAAGCUGUCACUUAAAAUAUCAACCCAUAUUUGAGGAACAAGAGGUGGAUAUGGAAGCAUUCCUUACGCUAACUGAUGGUGAUUUGAAAGAGCUGGGUGUAAAGACAGAUGGUUCAAGGCAACAGAUCUUGGCAGCGAUCUCAGAGUUAAAUGCUGGCAAGGGACGUGAGAGGCAGAUUCUGCAGGAGACUAUCCACAACUUUCAUUCUUCUUUUGGGAGCAGUGCCAGCAAUUCUCGUCAACUUAAUUUUCAACAAUCUUCAAUUGCUUGGAUUAGUAGGCCAACAGCAUCAUCAGACAAGAGAUGACCUUAAGUUGGCAGAUGAUUAAGGGUUGAAUUUCAACAAAUCCUGCAUAAACUGACCAUAAUGUUUGGUGUUUCCUGUGCACAUCCUCAAUAGUAGCAUCUGAAGUUGCAGAUGGCUUUCAGGUCUCAGACAGAAAUUGUGUAAGUAUAACAAGGAAAGAUUGAAUGACUAAUGCUGUUGCAUACAGUUCGAAAGGAUGGAGAUUUGUCAUCUGUGCAACAGAUGAAAUCCUGCCACAUUUUAAUGUUUCAUUUUAAUGCAUCUAAUUAUGGAAGAUGCCUUUAAAAAUUUGCAUACAGUAAUUUUGCAUUGUGGUAGUGAUUUGCAGUGUAAUCAGUAAGUUACAUAAUGUAUUACACUUAUUACUGCAAAUCACAGUGAUCAUGUCUUAAUGAAGUUGUUUAUUUAUGCUCAUGAUUUAUCUAUACUUGCUCCAAGGUAUUUAUUACCAUAAUAAAGAAAUACAGUAUCAUUUAAUGUAUUCAGCCACAAAAUUUAGAACCUAGCUUGGAGACCAGGGAUACUGUAGAGACUUAAUAGCUUCAGCCAGUAUGCCAGUGUUCUUUUCCAAUUAUGGUAAUUAAAAUGUUUCUAUUUAAGCAGGAGUUAUUGGUAUUACUAUACUUAAACCAAGUACACAACGUCUAAUCUGCUGUGAUUGUUCAGAAAUCCUAAUGGUUUGGCAUUUGGCUGAUAGGACAUGUCCUGUGGUUCCUUUAAACUUACUAGGGUCCUGUUUUCAGUGUUCCCUGAAACAUCAGUUUGUUUCCUGCACUCCUUUUAAAUUCAUCAGGUUCAAUGGAAAAUUUGAAAUGAUACUGUAUAAUGUAAGUGAAUUAGUUACAAAUAGGAAUAACCUCAGUCUGGGAAACCUGCCAAACUCCUGAAUGCCACAUGAUUGGAAUUUUACUGUACUAUACAAAAUUUCCCAUGUAUAUGAAUUUUGAAGUGAUAGUCAAAUAUGGUUGCACUUUGAAUAAUUUUAACCAGGGAUUUGCAUUUCAUUAAAGGGAGUAUACUCCUAGGUUACAAUCAUUUCUACUGAUAAAUGCAGUCUUCAGUUUAUACAUACCAGUCUUGGAUACAGACAAGCAUGAUUAACUUUGCAAUAGUCUUUGAAAUGGGGUUUGGGAAGGGGAAAACAAACAGUAUUCCCAGAGCUGCUGGCUAUCCAUUCCCUGGUAGCAAGUAUGCAUCUGCAGCCAUGUUCAUGUUUCUCCUUUGGGGCUAGUGGAGAAAAAUGGAAAACUGAAGUAGAUGGUUUGAUCUGCUAAUGAAAUUCUCAAAAUGUAGAGAGCAAGCAUCACUUUUUAAACUUAGUAAAAUUUCAAAGCUGUUACAAAUAAACCCAGAUGAAAAUU